CCCCUCUCCACAUUAUCAUCCCGUUCAUUUUCUCUAUUAUUUGUUUCUUGAAUUCUUCGUAAUGUCACUUAGUGGAAAAAUUAGCACUGAACUUCCGGUUCAAGCAACCGCAGAGAAAUGGUUCCACACGGUGAGAAACCAACUCCACCAUAUUCAACACGUUUCUGGUGAUGUUCAUGGAGCCGGGCUCGAUCAAGGUGAUGAUUGGCGUGCAAAUGAUUCGGUCAAACACUGGACUUAUACAGUAGACGGUAGGGUAGAAACAUGUCAUGAAAGAAUUGAAUCCGUUGAUGAGCAGAAAAAAAGAAUUGCAUUCAAGAUCUUUGGUGAAGCCAUUGAUGCUAAAUAUAAGGUCUAUAAGCUAAUCUUUGAAGCCAUAGAGAAGGAUGAUGGAAGUGGUGCAAUAAAAUGGAGUGUUGAAUAUGAGAAGGUGAGUGAGGAUGUUCAGCCCCCAUAUAUGUACUUGGAAUUCUAUGACCAUCUCACUGAAGAUGUUGAUGCUCAUCUUCUCAAGGCUGAUGAGAAAAAUGCCAGAAAAUAAGAACUCAGAGAUGGAUGUGGCCAAAGAUAACGUUCAUGUAUGUAAUAACUCUUAAGUUGCUGUAUGAAGUUUGAUGUGGGUUGAAUAAAAAGGAUAUCUUUGGUC